AUGUCUCUGCCCGAAAACCUGGCACCGGGAACCAAUGCAGUCACCGACGCGCCCGGCGUGCCGUCGCGGGCGUUCUCGCUACCCGCUCCCGAAUUCCCUCCGCUGCCAUACAUCCCUACUAUCCGCAUAACAACCAUGUCUGAAGAGGCCCUCGAGAUGGCGCGCCAGAUGGAGCUCGGCGAGGCGGUCUGGACGAGCUGUCCGGCAAAGAUGGUCAUGGCCGGUGUCGGUGGUUUCGCGCUCGGUGGUCUGUUUUCGCUCAUGAUGGGCGCAAUGGCGUAUGAUGUCCCCGUCGGCAUGGGCGGUAAGCCGCUGUCGGACCUGCCGCUGAAAGAGCAGUUCCGGAUACAGGCCAAGGACCUCGGCACCAAGAUGUGGGGAUCGGCAAAGAACUUUGGUAAAAUCGGUGGUAUCUUCAGCGGUGUCGAGUGCUGCGUGGAGAGUUUCCGAGCAAAGAACGAUCUGUACAAUGGUGUCGUUGCCGGCUGUCUGACCGGAGGUGCUCUGGCUUACAAGAACGGUCCUCAGGCGGCAUUGAGUGGAUGUGCUGCUUUCGCGGCAUUCAGUGGUGCCAUUGAUUAUUACAUGCGACUGGACGAACGCCCUCCUCCUUCCACCGACGAAGACUGA